AUGGAUCAUCACUGGCGAACCAAUAGAACCCGCCAGCCUGUUAUCCACCCAGCAGAAACUCACCCUGACGUGGAUCUGUAUGGAAUUGCAUCUCGAGAUGCUGGAACAGCAAAGAAGGCAGCUGAGAGAUAUGGGUUUUCAAAGUCGUAUGGUUCCUAUCAGGAGCUGUUGGACGACCCCAUUAUCAGCAUGGUCUAUAUCUCAUUACCAAACAGCAUGCACUUUGAAUGGGCCCGGAAGGCGUUAGUUGCUGGUAAACAUGUGCUGUGUGAAAAGCCAUUUACAUCAAACGCCAACGAGGCAAGGAUGUUGAUCCAGGAGGCAACUGAGAGAAAGUUGAUUGUCGAAGAGGCUUUCCAUUGGCAGUUCCAUCCUGCAGCCCAUUUAUUCAGAGAUAUCCUUCAAUCGAAUAAAUAUGGGAGAAUUAUCCGGACUGAUGCCUGGAUGACAUCUAGCCCUGCCAUACCUGCAGGAGAUAUAAGGUGGCAGUACGACCUAGGCGGUGGUUCACUGAUGGAUGAAUCCUAUGCAUUAUCGUUCACUCGGUAUGCGCUCCAGUCCAAACGUCCAAAGCAGGUUCUCUCUGCAGCAGCUCGGCCAUCAAAGGCCGAUGGCCGAGUUGACGCUGCAAUGCAUGCAUUACUACUAUUCGAAGACGAUGCUGGCAACCCCAUAACUAGCCGUAUCUACACUGAUCUGUCUCGCAGUAAGCUAUGUGGCGUCAUCCCCCGUGUCUGGGAACUACCAUCAAUCGAAGUUGAAACAGAUGCAGCGAUUAUCUAUUUCUACAAUGCGAUGAUGCCGCAUAUUUAUCACUAUAUAUCAAUCACCGAUAAGCGGACCGGAAUCACAGAGUACAAGACGCAGAGCUCGGGAGGGCCUAUCUGGGGUGAAAGAUGGACCACAGGCGGAAAAGGAGGGAAGAGUUACUGGAGCACGUAUCGAUGGCAGCUGGAGGCGUUUGUGGAGAAAGUCAGAGGUAAAGAACCAAUCUGCUGGGUUCCGUGGGAGGAUACUGUAAUACAGAUGGAAUGCAUUGAUGAGAUUUAUAAAAAGGCUGGGAUGCCCGUUAGGGGAGACCCGGCGGAAAUUGAAAAGGAUGAGAAAGUCAGGAUGGCCGAGAAAAUCGAGCAGGCGGAGAGAAACGAGAGAAGCGAGAAGACUUGA